AUGUCUUGGAUCUAUGGGACGAUCCUCGACAUUGAUCUGAGGUGGUAUUUUAACGCAUGCCCGACCUGCGUUAGGAAGGUCGAACCGCAUGGGACGAAGUUAUGGUGCAACCAUUGCAAAGAGGAAGUACCAUUUGCAAAUGCUCAGUACAAAUUGCACAUGUUCAUCGUUGACGACACGAGAAUUAUGCAAGUUCUUUGCUGGGACAAAGUAGCAAAUGAACUGAUUGGAAAAACAUGUGAAGAAGUUGUUCAAAAUAUGAUAAAGUAUGAAGAUGGGUCAGAUUUGCCAAUUGAACUUUCGACUUUGAUGGACAAAGCCCUUUUGUUCAAAGUUGGAAAGAAAAAAGAUCAAUUUAGGCCUUACAAUGGAGCAUUCACUGUUUCUAGAAUUACAGCUGAUCCAAUACUGGUGCACAGAUUUGGUGUUUUAGAAACUGUUCCACAAGUUUGUGAUUUUGAGCAAGGUGCACUAAACAACCCACAAACCCCAAGAGCUGAACCUGUGAAUGAUCUAUAUAAUAGAGAAACAAAGAGAAAGGUGUCCGACGAAGGAUUAAGCUGUGAAGCUGACAGCAAAGGAAAGAAGAAAAUAAAGACUGAAGAAAUUUAA